AUGGCAGCACAUUUGAGCGCGCUACUCGAAGUUACCAGCCCAGCCACUGUGCUUCGCCGCAACGAGCAAGACAUCAUCACAACAGCUACGUCGAGCAACCAUGAAUUGACGGAUUUGCAAACCAGCGGCUUCGUUACCCAGAGACCGGGAGCUUCUGCAUCUUAUUCAGCCGCCAACAAGAUAUCCACGCAGCUGGAUAUAGAAAGGCUCCCUGCAACACCCGACGCGCCCUUGAGUGAACGUGAUGCGCCGGUGCCUCCGCAGCCCAUUGCAUCCGAAGUCGUUGCAAGCCUCUCCAGUCCGCAAAGGAACAAAUGGCGCUUUAUGUGCGCAUGUUGUAUGGCCUUAUCCAACGGUUUUAGCGACAGUGCCCCUGGUGCUCUGAUCCCGUACAUCGAAGAUGACUUCCACAUCGGCUAUGCCAUAGUGUCGCUGGUGUUCGUUGCCAACGCCAUGGGCUUCAUAACUGCCGCACCAAUGACCCAUUGGCUCGAAAGCCGCUUUGGUCGUGCGCGGGCUGCCGUGUCCUCUCAAGUGCCCUUGGCUGCGGGCUAUUUGAUAAUUGUCUGCAAACCACCCUUUCCGGCCGUCGUGUGUGGUUUCUUCCUCAUUGGUCUCGGUAUCGCGGUCAAUCUCGCUUUGAACAAUGUCUUUCUGGCUAAUCUGGCCAAUGCCACUGAGCUGCUGGGAAUCAAUCAUGGGUUCUAUGGAAUAGGGGGAACUUUGGCCCCUCUGAUCGCAACAGCCUUGGUCUCACAAGGCGUGCAUUGGACAUACUUCUACAUCAUCAAUUUGACGCUAGCUGUCUUCAACUUUUUCUUUGCAGGCUGGGCGUUCCGGGGCUACGAAAAAGAUAUGCCUGCGCAGCCACUGCUGGCCGAACAGCAACGAACCGGAGCCUCGCCGCAAGAAGCCGAGCAGCAACCGGCAAAGAGAAAUUUGAUUGGGAGGGCACUCAAGACCAAAACCACCCUGCUCGGUGCACUAUUCAUUUUCGCAUAUCAAGGAGCAGAAGUUUCGAUCUCUGGAUGGAUCGUGUCUUUCCUGAUCAAUUACCGAAACGGAGACCCGGCUCAUGUGGGAUAUGUCAGCGCUGGAUUCUGGGCGGGCAUCACCAUGGGCCGGUUUGUCUUGUCUUAUCCAGCGCGGCGACUCGGGGAGAAGAUGGCUGUGUUCGUCCUUGUAGCAGGUGCUAUUCUUUUUCAGAUUAUGUGCUGGCUCAUCCCGAAUAUUAUCGGGGAGGCCGUUGCUGUUGCAGUCAUCGGUUUGCUUUUGGGUCCGAUCUACCCCUGCGCAACUGUCGUUUUGAACAGGCUCCUGCCCAGAGACAUCCAGACAACGAGUCUGGGGUUUGUCAGUGCCAUGGGGAGCAGCGGUGGCGCCGUGGCGCCGUUCGUUACUGGUAUGCUUGCGCAAAGCCUUGGGACUGUCGUUCUGCACCCGUGGGUGCAGCAGCAAGAAUGUGCAUCGCCGGAACAUAUCCAGAACGCGUCGCACCGCGGCUCCAGCCACCCUGAGCGAUGCCUGGCCCAGUCGAACGUGUGGCGUAGUGGGUGUCGUGUGCAAAAGGCCGCGUCUGCUCCCUGGGCAAGCCUCCUGGGCGUCUCUCCGACUUUCUCGCCUUCGUCCUCCCGUGCGCCCACGUCCACUAAACAGUCUCUCGACUACCGAGGACCGAGUGCUCACUUGUCAGAUCAAUCAAAGGGCUCCCCCGGCAUCACCGUCAAUAUGGAUGGCGACGAGAUCAUUGCUUCGGUCCACCGCAAGAUCGAGCGGGAAAAGGCCCUUAUAACUGCCGCAACCAAUAUGAGACAGUCGACAGACAACCCUCUCGUGCAGCAACAAGUCGAUGCAAAUAUUCGCGACGGCCGCAAAAACAUCGCUUACUUGGAAGGAAGGCUUAGAGAACUGCAGUUGCGUAAAGGCGGUGCAGAGGCAUCCGGAGCGCCGCAAUUGCCACCGCUGGGGGAUUCCAGCGCUGGAGGAUAUGAUGCCCCUCCGCCGCCCCCUAAGGAUUUAAUGCAUCGCGACACAGGCGAUUAUGGAGAUCCUGGUCCUGGAGGAUAUAGCCAAGGAGGAACUGGCCAGAUGCCCUCUCGCGCCCCAUUUGCCGACCCUCGGCCCAAUGCUGCUAUCCCAAAAGCCCGGCCAAACUAUAGCAAACUUGAUCUCAUCAAGUAUGACACGCCUUACCUCGGUCCAAAGAUCCAACUCAUGCUUUCGCAGCUCGAAUUCAAGCUGAGCGUGGAGAAACAGUACAAAGCGGGGAUUGAGAAGAUGAGUCGUCUUUACCAAGAUGAAGGCGAUCGGAAGAGUCGUGCAGAUGCCGAAGGCCGUCGCAUUGAAAGUAACCAGAAAAUCCAGUUGCUAAAACAGGCUUUAAAGAGGUACGAAGAUUUGCAUGUCGAUAUCGAGAGUUCGACAGAUCACGCGGACGAUGACAGUAUCAACGCCCCCAAUAUGCGAAAGCCCCUCACUGGCCACCUAACUUUACGAGUGCAUGCUGUUCAAGAUGUUGACCACGCUGCAACAUCCCGAUUUUCUCGUGGCCCAGAGACUAGCGUGAUACUAAAAGUUGAAGAUACCCUCAAGGCACGGACAAGAGCCACCAGGAACGAUAGGUGGACAGAUGAAACAUUCAAUAUUGACAUCGACAAGGCCAAUGAACUUGAGCUUACGGUUUACGACAAGCCUGGAGACAGGCAGACCCCCAUAGGCAUGCUUUGGAUUCGCAUAUCAGAUAUUGCUGAAGAAAUGCGACGGAAGAAGAUCGAGUCUGAUCUGGCCUCGAACGGUUGGGUUUCUGCAGAUAAAAUGGCUCAAGGAGGACCGGGGCGGCCAGAUGCAAAUAUGCCGACGAGCCCGACUGGUGAACAACGCUCUCAGUUCCAGCAACCCAGCGCUGCGGGCGGGGGUAAUAAUAUCAUGAUAGAUUCAUGGUUUGCGCUGGAACCAGUAGGCAGGAUACAUCUUACAAUGAGCUUUGCCAAACAAAUGAAGGACCGCCGACCGUUCGACAUUGGAUUGAAUCGACAAGGUGCGGUUCGUCAAAGAAAAGAAGAAGUUCACGAGAAACAGGGACACAAAUUUGUUGCCCAACAGUUUUACAAUAUCAUGCGCUGUGCGCUAUGUGGCGAGUUUCUGAAGUAUGGUACUGGUAUGCAAUGUGAAGAUUGCAAAUACACUUGUCAUCGCAAAUGCUAUGUGGACGUCGUCACGAAGUGCAUCAGUAAAGCGAACUACGAGACGGAUCCUGAUGAAGAAAAAAUCAACCAUCGCAUCCCGCAUCGUUUCGAAAACUUUGCCAACAUCUCUGCGAAUUGGUGCUGUCACUGUGGCUCUCUCUUGCCGUUUGGUCGGAAAAAUGCGAAAAAAUGUUCUGAAUUACAGAAUGCGGUAUUACCUGCCACACGAACUGUGCCCAUCUGGUACCUGAUUUCUGCGGCUUUGAAGAAUCCCAACCCUCUUAAACCACCCCAACCGGCUACUCGCACCAUGAGGGACACCGUUCCUGCAGCCCCUGGUUCAAUGAAACCGCCAGGUUAUCCAAAACCAUCAAUGGAUGCCGUGAACGCUGCAACCACAUCUUACCCGCCGACUCAACCAACCGGCUCACCUAAACAGGAACUUCCUCCAAGAGUGUCAUCAUUUGAAGAUGCUAAGAAGGCAGCUGAGGUCGCUAUCGGCGGCACACGUCCCAUCCCUCAAACGACCCAAGAUCCCCGACUUGGGCAACCGCAACAACCUCCUCUCCCCGGCUAUGAUCCAAGAGUCUAUAGCGACGUCAUGAAACAAGAGCAACCUGUACCUGCUCAUAGACCUUAUCCGGCGGCACCUCCGCUCCCUAUUGUUCAAUCUCAGCCUCCUACGGUCCCAGCUGUUCAGCCGCCUCCUCCAAAGGAGCCCCCAGCUGCUAGAGGGCCCAGGAUUGGACUCGAUCAUUUCAAUUUCCUUGCAGUUCUCGGAAAGGGCAACUUUGGAAAGGUCAUGCUUGCCGAGACCAAGGCGACAAAGAAGCUCUAUGCCAUCAAAGUAUUGAAGAAAGAAUUCAUCAUUGAGAAUGACGAAGUUGAGAAAACACGCGUCUAUUUCGUUAUGGAAUACAUCAGCGGAGGUGAUCUAAUGUUGCACAUUCAACGGGGUCAAUUCGGCCUUAAGCGUGCGCAGUUUUACGCCGCUGAGGUUUGUUUAGGUCUGAAAUAUUUCCACGAGAACGGCAUCAUCUACCGUGACUUGAAGCUUGAUAAUAUUCUUUUGACUUUAGAUGGUCAUAUCAAGAUUGGUGAUUAUGGCUUGUGUAAGGAUGGAAUGUAUUAUGGAUCCACUACAAGUACAUUUUGUGGCACACCGGAAUUCAUGGCUCCAGAGAUCCUACUCGACAAAAAGUAUGGACGAGCAGUCGAUUGGUGGGCAUUUGGUGUGCUCAUCUAUCAAAUGUUACUUCAGCAAUCUCCUUUCCGUGGAGAAGACGAAGACGAAAUCUACGACGCCAUUCUCGCAGAUGAGCCCCUUUAUCCUAUUCAUAUGCCACGCGAUUCAGUUUCUAUUUUGCAAAAACUACUUACUCGCGAACCUGAGUUGCGUCUCGGAUCAGGCCCUACUGAUGCACAAGAGAUUAUGUCUCACGCAUUCUUCCGAAACAUCAAUUGGGAUGAUGUCUAUCACAAACGUAUCGCUCCACCUUUCUUGCCGACAAUUAGCAACGCCACCGAUACCAGCAACUUUGAUCAGGAAUUUACAAGUGUCACUCCUGUUCUUACUCCAGUACAGUCCGUUCUUUCUCAAGCUAUGCAAGAAGAAUUCCGGGGCUUCUCAUAUACCGCAGACUUCGUGUAG